AUGCGAGAGUUGCUGUGGGAUGAAAUGAAUGCUGUAGAAGCAAAGUGGACUAUCGAAAAAAGAUUUAGGGUUGUUGAAGUCUUUUUGGCUGUUCUGGUGAGCAAAUCUCCUAUCUUACGGAAAGAAAGAUCCGGUGCCGUUGUCCUUUCAUGUUUCUCAUCCGCUUAUCUUGCCUUCUUCUUUACGGACUGCUUAAUGUCUAGAUGGUUACUUAACUACACUCCUCAAGCAACGAUCGUCCGCCUGCUCACCAUCAACUUGAUAAAUGCAUACACCACAUCGUGGAUCCUAUAUCUAUCAGGGGUUCAGGAGACCCACGCUUACUUCUUCCUGCUUGGAUUUGUAUAG